AGCUUGUUGACCUCAAAACACAUCACAUGCCGCCGCACCAAGAAGGGAGUUGACGCACUGCUGCUGGAUUUCAACGCCUAUACUUCCAGUGUCCAUGGAGCAACCGCAGCCGGAAGAGCAGUUCCUGUGCUGUGCCAGGAACGGAGACCUGGACGGCAUUCGGAGGCUCCUCGCGUCCCAGGUGAGCGGAAAGACCACGUUGGACAUCAACUGCAAAGGUAAAAGUAAGUCUAACCGGGGGUGGAGACCUCUUCACUUGGCCUCAUAUUUUGGACACAUAGACGUGGUCGACGAAUUACUGAAGGCCGGCGCGGAUGUCAACCUGCCCAACAACAUCGGAGACACGCCUCUGCACAAAGCCGCCUUCACGGGGAGAAAGGAGCUUGUCAUGCUGCUGCUGCACUACAACGCGAGCGCGACUGUCAUCAACGGGACGGCUCAGACUCCCAAAGACCUCACGCGAAACGCGGAGAUCAGACGCAUGCUCGCGGCGGCCGAGAGGACGGAAGAGAGGAAACAGGAAUGCCAACUUCUUGAAGCAGCGCGAGAAGGAGACAUCGGCGCUCUAAGUCAGCUGCUGAGCAGCAAGAAGCCGCCCAAACUGGAGUGCACAGACGAGCUGGGCAACACUCCGCUGCACUGCGCCGCCUAUCGAGGCCAGAAGCAGUGCGCCGCCAAGCUGCUGAGGGCCGGAGCCCGCGCUAGUGUGAUAAACAAGAACGGUCAGACCGUUUUGGAGCUAGCCAGCGAUGCAGCCAUGAGGCAGCUGCUUGAAGGCAACGCACGCCGGGGGAUGAGACUCUACGCCAAGAAGUUUGAGGGACUCCUCUGGAAGAGCUCUGGAUUUUUGGGCUGGCGCUCCUGCUGGGUAGUGCUCCACGACGGCGUGCUGUCCUGGUACUCCAAACGGUCUGACGCCGCUGCCAACGUCAGGAGGCAAGGAUCAAAGUCCCUCACUCACGCUCAGUGUCUGAGCCGAUCGAAAGAGAGCUGCAUCUUCACCCUAAAGUGUUACGAUGACAGCGUCCAUUACUUCAAAGUAUCGGCCAAAGAGGAGCCCGAGGCGACAAGAAAAGCUUGGUUGGACGCUUUGGACGAGCACUCAGCCUUCAGCACGCACUACUGCUCCCAGGAGAAGGGCGGCCGGCGGCGGGGCGAUGACGACGACGACGAAGAGGAGGAGGAGGAGGAAGGCUCCUCACUGGGCCGGAUAGCUGACGCCCUGCAGGCGGCGGAGGCGAGCCACGGCCGGCUGCAGCAGGAAGUGGCGGCCGUGCUGUCACUCAUCGAGAUUGACGGCCUGGCGCAAGAUAGGGUUUGCAUUCUGGAGAAGCUGCGGGCCAUCAACGAGCUGUCAAGCCAGACCGGUUCCAACUUGGACGUCUGUCUCGGACUGGUCUCCAAACAGGAAGUGGUGCGUAGCAUGAAAUUGGAGCUGGAGGUGGAGAAGAAUAAGAUCCUGUCGCAAGCGCUGCAGACGCUGGCCACCGAGCACCACGAGCUGGAGCAGGUCGUGGUCAGGGGCUCCGGCGGCCUCAGCGACGAUGAGUUCCACGACGCCGUGUCUGGUUCCGACUCGGAGCUCUCCCUGAGCGGCUUUGAGACGGUGGCGAGUCAUUCCUUCGAGGAGGAGGAAGAGGACGACAAGGAAGGCGGCGUCAUGCUCGCCAGCAGCGGCAGCGGCCGUCGUCCCGACGCCGUGUUGCGGGGCCAUCUCCAUAGCAACGAGGCGCAGACGCAACCCAACGGGGUCACCAAGUAUAGGACGAGCUUGCCUUCACCCAUGUUUUCAAGAAAUGACUUCAGCAUUUGGAGUAUUCUCAGAAACUGCAUCGGAAUGGAGCUCUCCAAGAUCGCCAUGCCCGUGAUCUUCAACGAGCCGCUCAGCUUCCUGCAGCGUCUGACCGAGUACAUGGAGCACACGUACCUCAUCCAGCGGGCCAACGCCGCAACGGAGUCCCUUGACAGGAUGAAGUGUGUGGCGGCCUUUGUCGUGUCUGCCGUGGCGUCGCAGUGGGAGAGGACGGGCAAGCCCUUCAACCCGCUGCUCGGAGAAACCUACGAACUGGUCAGGGAGGAUCUUGGUUUCCGGCUCGUAUCGGAGCAGGUGAGCCACCACCCUCCCGUGAGCGCCUUCCACGCCGAGGGCCUCCAGCAGGACUUCGCGUUCCACGGCUCCAUCUAUCCGAAACUCAAGUUCUGGGGGAAGAGUGUGCAAGCCGAGCCCAAAGGCGUCCUCACGUUGGAGCUGCCCAAUCACAACGAAGCGUACACGUGGACCAAUCCCACGUGCUGCGUGCACAACAUCAUCGUGGGCCAGCUCUGGCUCGAGCAGUAUGGAAGUGUGGAGGUGAUCAACCACAGAACUGGUGAAAAAUGCUGCCUUAACUUCAAGCCAUGUGGCCUUUUUGGUAAAGAACUGCACAAAGUCGAAGGGUACAUACUGGAUAAAAGUAAAAAGAAGUUGUGCGCGCUGUACGGCAAGUGGACCGAGUGUUUGUACGUCAUUGAUCCCGCUGCCCUGGAGACUCACAGGAAAAGCGACAGGAAAGGAGUACAAGGCAAAAACACCAGCAGAAAGGGUGGCAGCGAGGAGGACGUUCCCUCGCAAGCGCCCGAUAGUGUGGACGUGAUUCCCGGCAGCCAGCUACUGUGGCGGAUCGCCCCCCGCCCAGCCAACUCUGCCCAGAUGUACAGCUUCACGACCUUCGCCAUGCAGCUGAACGAGCUGCACGAGGACACGGCAGGCGUCCUCCCUCGGACAGACUGCAGGAUGAGGCCCGACAUUCGAGCCAUGGAGAACGGCGACAUCGACUUGGCCAGCGAGGAGAAGAAAAGACUGGAGGAGAAGCAGAGGGCCACCCGCAAAAAAAGCUCCAAAAUGGACGACGUGUGGAAGAUGAGGUGGUUCCAGCAGGGCCCCAAUCCGCACACCGGCUCUCAGGACUGGAUCUUCACUGGCAGAUACUGGGACAGGAAGUAUCCUCAUCUACCAGACAUUUACUAGAAUUCUCCACAAGCAAUACGUACUCAUGAACUGUGGCCUUAAACUGCGUUGACACUCUAGAAGUGUGCAUAUACUGUAAAUGUCAGUAUCUCUGGGGGGUUUUACAUAAAUGUUCAUCAUCGAGGAUUUUUAGCUCCUGUGUGUGUGUUAGAUUUAAUAGGCUCCUUUCUAUUUUAAAAAAUCCGUGUUGUUUUUGUGUACAGUAUAAAUGCAUCCUGAGCCAUCAAAAACCUCAUUUUCUUCCGUACAAAAGAAAAACCAUGUAUUUACAUGUAUAUAAAGAGGACAAUAUCUAAGAUUGUUAUGCACUGACACCAACCGGUCACUUUAUUAGGUACACCUGUAAAAACCUAAUGACACCAAAUA